CACGGAGGUGGUGGAGGAACAGGCAGAGCCAGGAGGUGGCCGAGAGGAAGAAGAAGGGAAAGAGGUAAACGCGUAUCGUAAUGCACAAUGGUGCAUUAGCCAGGAGUAGACGGUCAGACGGUCUCUCCCACGGACCGAUUGAAAUUCGGUCUAUCGAAGAGCGGAGAGUUUACUUUGAGGAAAACCGAACGUCUAAAAUCGGUCCAGAGGGAGAUAGCGCCAAGGAAGGGAGAAGGAUUCAUGUCACACGCGUAUGAUUCGAUCGAUAUCGAAAGGAUCUGCUCCACCUCUUUCAAGAAUUGAAAUUGAACACCCGGUACCACCAGGAGUCUGAAACCGUGAUCUCUUCGCCGCCGAUCUUCCGCAUGAUUCUAAUUAUAAACGUUUGAAAGUUUUUUUCUCACUUUUCACAUCGGGACAACAUUGGAGGCAAGGAGUUAACGUUUGGGGGAUACGAGUUAUAUGAUACAGACUCAUACUACUACGAGAAAAAAAAANAAAAAAAAAAAAAAAUAGCAGGAACAUAUAUUUAAACAUACUUUUCGAAUAACUCGGCGUUUGUUUAAGGAGAGAUGGCUGACAAUACUACUAAUUCGUCCACGAUGGAAAAACGGGGAGAGACGACCGGUAACCAGGUGAUAUCCGAGAAAGCGGUCGUCUGGAAAUCCAUGACGUUACGCCAGAAAUGGUCUUACUUCACAAGAAACAUCACCGUAGAGCCUAUGAUCGCUUGCUACGUGAUCCCCUGCAUGCUGGCCUCCCUGGCCACGCAGAAUCUGAGUUUGGAAAAAGCGUGCAGGGUGAACUUGGCCUAUCCCGACGACGUGUGCACGGCAUUGGCAAGGAGGAACACGACCGGCUACGAGACGGAGGAAACGGCGGUUCAACAAUUGGUCGCCGGUAUGCAGACGUGGAAAACAGCCCUGUCGAGCGGUCUACCGACCAUCCUGAUCCUGUUCAUGGGCUCGUGGAGCGAUCGUACGGGAUUGAGGAAGCCGUGCAUGCUGUUGCCCAUCGUUGGCGAGUUUCUGAGCAGCGUCAGCAUGCUGUUGUGCACAUACUUCUUCCACGAGGUGCCCAUGGAAGCCACGGGCGUGCUCGAGGCACUUUGGCCAGCUUUGACCGGGGGCUGGUUCACCAUGUUCAUGGGUGUUUUCAGUUAUAUCGCGGAUAUCACGUCCGUCGAAUCGAGGACGCUGAGAAUCGGUGCCGCUAAUGUUUUCUUGUCGCUCGGUGUCCCGAUCGGGAUGGCGUUGUCCGGGAUAUUGUAUCUGAAGCUUGGAUUCUACGGUGUAUUCAGCAUCUCGACCGUGUGCUACGUAUUGAGUUUCAUUUACGGGUUAGUGGUGAUCAAGGAACCGCCCAAGCCGUAUUUGAAGAAAAUGGAAAAAACGGACAAGGAGAGGAUGUCUGUGUGCGCCUCGAUCUUGGACUUUUUCGCGUUCAGGCAUAUCGAGGAGACUUUCCGCGUCGCGUUCAAACAGGGGAGGAAUAAUCGACAGAAAAGGGUGUUGAUGCUCAUGGUUAUCGUUAUGGUUGUGAUUGGUCCACUUUACGGUGAAAUGGCGGUGAUGUAUCUUUACAUGAGAUACAGAUAUCAUUGGAACGAAGUUAUGUUCAGUAUGUUUACCACGUUUGCAAUGGUGACAAAUUUAAUCGGAACUGCGAUAUCCGUCGGUGUGUUCAGUCACAUUUUAAAAAUCGAUGACGCCAUUGUUGGAAUAAUGAGUUCCAUGAGCAAAAUUUUAGCUGGUUUCGUUUACGCGUUUGCCAUAACAGAUUGGAUGAUCUAUUUAGCGGCUAUCGUCGAGAUAGUAAACGGUACAUCUUUUAUAGCAAUGCGAUCGAUAGCAUCAAAACUUGUAUCGACUGGAGAACUUGGAAAAGUGAAUUCGUUGCUUGGCGUCUGCGAAUCUCUAAUGCCACUUAUCUACGGGCCAAUGUACAGCUCCAUUUAUGCUGCAACCAUGAAAACAUUUCCAGGAACGUUCUUUAUUGUUGGCGCCUGUAUGACCAUGCCAGCAGUCGCCGCGUUCUUUUGGCUGUAUACCGAGCAUAGAAAAGAUCGUCAAUUACUGGAACAAGAGAAGAAAGCGAAGAGCAAGGAAGAGGAGAACGAUUCGAAGAUUGCAAAAUGGCAAGUUGUUAACGAGAAAAAACCGGAAGUUCCUACGAUGAACGGCAUUGCGAACGCAGCUUUCGAAUCAGAUCAUUUAUAACGAAUAAUUUAUUAUUACAAAAUACGUAAUAAUAUUCGAUCGCGUAAUCAUAGUAGAAAAACUUGAAAGAAUGAGGAAAGAAAUGAAAGAAUCACAUCUUAUAAAAAGCAAAUUAUACCGAAAGGAAUAGCUUCUUAAUAAAUUUUUCAUUUAACGUACAAAAUAUAAAUAUGAGAAGAAAAAAAAUAAUUAGAAAUAUAAUCGUGCACUGUAUACGUGUUUACAUGGUACACGAAUGUCUUAAAGGUGUCCAUUUUACAAUCAUUUUAUAUUUGAAAUAUCUUAAAAAUGAUCUAAACGUUUUAAAAAUGUCUGAUGAUUAAGAAUGUUAUAUGAAAGCAUUGUUAUGAAUCUCGAAUUAAAAGUUUGUAAUAUAAUUAACGAUAAUUUUAUGAUUGGAAAUUUGUUUCUUUUAAAAAGAUUUUUAAAACAAUUUUUAGGACAAUACAUACAGACAUUUUUAAAGACGUCUCUGUACUGUCUGGAAAAGACCAAAGAAGGAAAGAGAUAAAUUAAAAUCUUAAUAAUAAAUAACGUCACCCACUUACUCAGCUUGGAAAAUAUACUUUAAAUAAAGGAUAACUUUAUUCAUUCGAUUUGAAUAAUAAAGCAAAUAGAUUGAUUAUAUAAUAUCUUUUAAAUUAAUUUUAUUCGAUUAUUCAUUUAUUCGAAAAUAAGUAUCCUUUAUUUCAAGUCCUAGUACAAACAGUCUCCGGUACUUAAUAAAUAAAUGGUAACAAUAGACAAUGUGGAACAGAUUUAUAUCUGUUCAAGCGUAUCAGUAUUACAAAUGCUACUUGCGUAUAUUAUUUCCAAACUAUUGAUAUUAAUGCGAUGAAGAAAAUAAGAAUACGUGAUGAGAGAAAUUCAAAAAUAAAAAAUUAUAUGCUUAUAAGAUAUAAUAUAUAUCAUUUCUGAAUGACCGAGACGUGAAUUUCAUCUUGUGUUCGACAUUCUUAAAUUGAUGUAAGUCUCAUUAUUUACAUUAACAGGAGAAGA